GAACUAACAAUCAAAGCAUUCAAACUUUUUUCACAUAAUAAUACCAAAUUCCUCUGUGUUCGAUUGAGACAGUUUAAAACGCUAAGGCAAAUUUUUUUGAGUUUUUCUUUUAAAGUUUAAUUUUCUUUGCGUCACCCCAUCUUUUCACGUGUCUUUCUCUUUAUUCUUUCCUUUUUUCCUCUGUUUUCUGUUUGUUUCUGAGGAGAAAAAGUUGUGGGCCUCUACGUUUUAUCUGAUCCUUCUUUUGACGGUGGUUUUCCUAUAUAAACUAAGGUGAAUCUCGUCAAAUUAAUAUUUCAAGAAAGAGUUUGUAAGGGAAAAAUGGAAGGAACAAAGCCAACGAGUUCUUCAUUUACUUCUGAUCUUUUUGGUUCUAAGGAGUCUUCUGCUUCUUCAACUUCUGGGAUUUUUGGUUCCAUUUUCCCACCUCCUUCUAAGGGACAUGGAUCGGUACAUUCGGAGACGGUUCAACCGAAGCAAGAUCCUGUGAUUCAGGCAAGAAAUGCUAAAGGUGGAUAUUCAGGAAGUACUACGCCUAGCAAUGAAGCUGCACAGAAUAAGCAGACAAAUUCAUAUUAUCAGAAUGAAAAAGUACAGCCAUGCCAUCUUAGCUCAUCAAUAUACUAUGGCGGCCAAGAUGUCUAUUCAUUUCCCCAAAAUAACCAGAACUCUACCUACACAACUUUCAACAAAGAUAAUGGUGAAGAUGAUUCUGGCAGCGCGUCUAGAGGAAACUGGUGGCAAGGGUCUUUAUAUUACUGAGAUCUCGCUACCUAUAUCAAGGAUUUUACAUUUACUCUAGGAAGUUAAGAUUAAUAUAGAGAGAAGCAGUUAUCUAUAGUCCAUAUUAAAGAUGGAUGAUUACUAGUAAUUAACUAAAUAUGACCCUUAGUUGGUUGGACCUACAUAUUAUCAUAAUUAUUAUAAUAUAAUAUGUUGUUAUUGUAGUUAGGUGUUUUUCUCUUUACUUUCCUUGUAAAGGAUUAUAGACCUUAUGCACAUACUUUAUAAUGUAAAAACGUUCUGUUUAGGAACUAAGUAGCUUAUACCAUAAAAUUCUGCGCUCUUAGUAAUUACUAUUAAUUUUUUGGCUUCAA